CUUUGAGUUCCCAUGACUCACCGCUUCGACCGGGACAGAAGAAAAGGCGGAGUGACUAUCUUGUCUGGAAUAUCUUUAGUAUUAAGCUAUAAUUAUAAUAAGCGCUGAGAUAACUUACACAUUUUGUUUUAAUAUUUGUAAAAUCCGCAUAUUUGUAAUAAUUAACGUAUUGGUCGUCGUCGUCGUCCCCCGUUUUAAUUAUUAACUACCCCCAAAGUAAAAGAAAAUAAUAAUCAACGGCAAGCUGGGAAAGACCAAAUACAACAAAAGGGGGAGAAUUUAAAUAAGUAAUACGUGCUUAUAAAUCAAUUAUUGUUAUAUUAUUACCUAAAUUGUAAUCUAAAUCAUUGCCAAGGAACACUGUUAAACUAAAAAAUAUAUUUUUUAUUUUGAUGAUUAGACGUUACCCCUUCUCUUCUGUAUAUUUCGCCAGUGGUGCGGUCUAUUCUGACUGCAAACGAGCGCGGUCCGGGACUGGAAAGUGAGACUAAGUCCGGUAACACAAGAUUUUGAAGACUCGUCUCUGGAUGUCUGCCUGGAUGUCUGUGUGUCCGGACCCUGCCUCUGUUCCCUCGCUGGCCAGGGGAGAUGGCCUGCACGAGCAAGUGUUGACGUCUUUACCCAUGUGUCACUUGAGUGAAGAUGACCUUUCCCAGAAUCCUCAGUUCUCCAAACUGCUGUCUGCACUCUCACAACGCAUGGAUGAAACCGGACUGACCAUACAACUGAAGAAAAAACUACAGAAGGCUGAGCGGGAGGUUCAGUUACAGAAGCUGUCCUGGCUGAGAUCAGAGAGUUUGUUUUGUUUAAUUCAGGAGAUGAUUCAGGAAUAUCACAUCAGAAAACAGGAUUCACAACUGUUGCACGAGGAUUGCAAGUUCUAUGAGACUCUUGAACAGUGCUUACUGGUGACACAGUGUGUGAGGGAACUGGAUCCCAGUUCAACCACAGCGGAAGACAAACCACAGCUUCUGGGCCUCAGCAAGCAGAAUGUUCUCGAUCGCAUGCCACCUGAUCAGGAUGCCAAGCGAAUGAGGCAGCGAUUGGUGAGAGAGUUUGAAGACAGGUUGAAGAAGAAAUGUUUUACCAUCCUCUCGUACUACCAGCCAGACUGGGAGGGAGAAAGUGAGGGUCUGAAGACCUUGAAGCUCUCAAGACUGCCAGAGAGCCUGGAGAAUGAAAGCAAGAGACUAGAGAGCCAACGAGCAAAAGAAAGAGAGAGUGCCCUUCUGCUGCACAGGCAGACUCACUGCUACCUCACUGAGCUACUGGGCUGUAUACAGAUCUUGCAGUCGCUCAUCUUGGAUCACCGACUGAGGGCUCAGAAUGAUCUAGAUCGAAAGAAAACCCAGUAUAUGGAGGCCAAAUGUCAAAUCAUCAUUCUUAAGAUCAGGAUGGAGAUGUUGCAGGUUCAGUUAGACACCUACACACCGAAGAAGAUAGCUGUGCAUCGCACAAUCAGAGACACUCUGGAAUCAGCCCUGAAAUCAGAGCAAGUUGAGCGGCAGUCAUCUGAAAGAAUGUUGUCGUCAUUUGAGAUUUUGGGGCAGGACUUUGAAGCACUGGUGAAGGAAUACUCCCGCCUCCGACAGGAAAUAACGAACAAGAAGUGGGCCCUGCAGGAAUUCUCCCAGUACAACCACUGAACUGGCACCAGUGCCAGACAGAUACCUCCCUCCUCUAUACACCACAGAUAUAGUCCUCUAGUUAGCAGCUGUAAAAGAAUAAUCCACUGCGGAAUGGACAUUUAGCCUCACCAGCGGAAAGUGCUGCCAUUCAUUUUAAGCCUUUUUGAGGAAUAUGGUUUAACAAAAUAAACAAAAGUGAUGUGGAAUAUGGAUUUUUAGGUUUUUCACUUGUGGAUGUAUUUAUAAAUGAUCACUAAUUUUAAGAAGCAGCAACCUGUUUGACAUGGGUGUCACCUCAUUUACUGUAUGUUGUACUAUCUGGAGGCUGCUGCUGCAAAGUUUAAUCUGUAAAGUAAUAAUAAUCAACUCUGGUAUUUCUUAUGUGUAAUAAAACUUGUUAAUAAA